CAGAAUGACAGAUGACAAAAAUUUUCAAAGGAUUUUUUCAGUUGAUUUUAGCGACUCUGUCGACCGUUGAAUUUAGAGAUUUAUUCUGCGGUUGAUGAUUUAACGACUAUUUGCAUGCGAAAUAACGUAACUUGGUUACGAUUGGUUCAUAAACAAUGAAAAACUGGUCCUGUGCCAAAAAGCGUGCACAGGUUUAGAACAGGUGUCGUAAAUACUAGCUAAUACUGAAGUCCUACAAAAACUAAAUUCAAUCAACCUUAACGUAAAAAAAUCUAUGGAUCACAAUAAGCCGAUUAAAAACUAGCACUUUCCAAGAAUAAGCAAACAGGUAUAAAUCACAAAAAUUAAUCGUCAAUAAGGGCUAGAUUGGGCCAGAUUGGGCCAGAUUGGGCCAGAUCGAGUAAGACCGAAUUCCCAAAAAACCGGAAGUUUAAAUGCGCUCCUGGUUACUUUAGCGCGUUACACUCACUCACAUUACACUUGUUGGGUUCGACAGUAAAUUUCUUCACACUCUAAAACAAGUGUCACCAGGCUGCCCAAUCCAGGGGGGUUGUGUCACGCAAUCGCGUGGUGCUUGGAGCUCUGCCAAGCAUCGCGUGAUGUCUGGGUUUUCUGCUACAGUAGUUAUUUGUCUAAUUGAUCGCUGCCUUUUCGAGAAAACGCAAAGAAGAAAGCAGGAGUUAGCAGAGAUGGCCCGCUCUGCUUCGAGUCUUUUAAUCAAUGUAAACGAUCUACUGAGUUUACAAGGAGUGGAGAAACAAAGAGUUGAAUUCAAGAAAGCGUGGCACAGUAGAAAAGAAGGUGGAACGUAUUGGCAAAUUGUUCAUACAAUUUGCGCCUUCGCGAACGACUUUUACAAUGACAAUGGCGGAUACAUAAUUAUUGGCGUGGAAGAAAAGGAAAACUGGGAAGAUCAAGGAGAUGAUCGCCAAAUCAUUCUUCCGCCACUAGGUGUUCCAGGAAGGGACCUAGAUCGAGUACAAAAGGAGAUUUUGGGAGCGUGCCGAGCAAACAUCAAGCCCGAAUACUUCCCCAUCCUGUCACCUGAAGUCGUGGAAAGCCUGGGAGAAAGAAAGCAUGUAUUAGUGCUUUGGGCCAUGGCCUCCGAUAACAGGCCACAUAAGUGCAAAGAAAGCGAGAAAGGAGACCAUCGCUUCUAUAUAAGGCGGGGAACAGAGACCAAGAAGGCUUCUCCAGGAGAAAUCGAUGAUCUGCUGUACCUCAAGAACAAGAUUCCAUUUGACGACAGGAGGGCUAUUGACAACUCAGAAACUGGCAAGCAGCUGUCUGAAGACAACAUAGACAUAAACCUUGUGAAGACCUUUUUGAAAGGCAUUGGCUCCAAAUUACUAGAACAGGAUGACAAGGGUCCAGUCUACCUGCUCGAUCGGUUAAACCUAUUAAGAAAUAUCGGAGACAAAAGUGUUGGUGUCAUGCUUAAGCCAGUGUGGGUACCCAGAAAUGUAGCCCUGCUGUUCUUUCACCAGAAACCACAUGAAUUUUUCAGAGGGGCAAGAACUGAAAUUGCACUGUACACUCAUGAUGAUGUGACAGAUGAAGUGCCGGUAACUGGACCAAUUGACCAGCAGAUUGAUGUGGUCUUGUCUUUCAUAUUAAAGAGAACAAAAGAAGAAGCUCGCCAUGAGUAUGUCGCCUAUCCAGAGCGAGCUCUUCGCAAGGCAGUUGUGAAUGCCUUCUACCAUAGAAGCUAUGAGCAUUGCCACUGUGAUCCAAUUAAAAUUCACAUCAAGCCAAACUGCAUUGAUGUCAUUAGUUAUCCUGGUCCUAACCCCACUCUCAAGGAGGAACACUUCACAGAGGGCAGUGAAGUUCCAUGUGUGCCAUCUAGAAACAGAAGAAUAGCUGAAUUCCUCAAAGACAGGAAAUUGGCUGAAGGUCGGUUCACUGGAGUUAGAACCAUUUUCAAAUCCAUGAAGCAGAACAAGAAUCCAAAGCCAUCCUUUUACUUCAGUUCAGAACACUUUCAUGUUCGUCUUCCUGGCCAUCCAAAAUACAUAGCCCAUUCGAUUCUUCGAGAUGUUGACAACCUCUGUGCAAAGGGAGAAAAAGAAGAUGCAGUGCAACUUCUCAAGAAAUUUCUUGAUAAACAUCUUUCUGACGAAAAUUCAUCCAUAUGCUCUGAUAUGUUAAUUCGUAAACUGCUUGAGCUGCACGAGAAUGAUGCAACCCACCCAAAUGUUCAGAAAUAUGAAAGCUUCAUCUCUGACAAGCUUAAGAGACGCAUUCCCCUGAUCACAGAACUUUGCAAAUGGUGUGUUGCUGAAGAAAUGCAGGACAUUUCAAUUGGUGUUGCAUUAGUAAAGAAGCUAGUAGAGGAAGGAGCAACGUGUGAGGAUCUGCACUCUGUCAUUUCAAAAGCAGUUGCUUUGUGCCAGAAGAGAAGUAAUGAUGGGCAACAAGUGUUGGAGGCUAUCCAAAAUGCUCACAAGCUGUUUGAGGCAAUGGGUGAUUUAACUCAAACAAAUGCCUAUGUAGCAUUCCAAUUUGCCUGCUGCAAGUUUAACCUAUAUGUGAAGAAAGGUCAUGGAGAUAGGCAACGUAAAGAUCUUAUAAGCUACCUCAAGGAAGCUGAGGAUUAUGUCCAUAAGGCCACACAGCUAACAAAUGAUGAAUACAAGCAUCACUUGGCCAUGCAACAUCGCCAGCUUGGCUACAUCCACUCACAGUUAUGUUUAAUCCAAAAGUCAACGGAGGAACAUAUCAUAAACAACUUUGAUAAGGCUUGUAGAUAUAACCCUGAAAUCAGAAUCAGCCCGGUCUUCAUUCCACCACAGUACCGUUCUCAGUACAUGCCCUCAGGAAACUUGGGCAGUCCAGUGGCUGACUUCUCUUUUGUGUUGUAACAGAACAUGACAAACUUGUGUUGUGCAAAGUCAUAGUAGAGGCCUCUAUUUAGGAGGUUUGAGCACUUUUAAUUAAUGGCAAAUCACUUUGCUUGCCAGAAUCCAAGUGAGAUGACAGACCAAAAUAACAAAGAAAACACUACAUACUUCUACUUCAUCGUUUUACAGGAAUCAGUUUAGUCUGACUUCGCUCUUUCUCGUUUUCACAGCCAGUCAAGUAUGGUAAUUAUUUCUUGACCUUUGCAUGAGUUAUUUUUCCUCACAUUUACAAAAUUAAGGCAAAAUGAUACACAAACAAAGCACAUUAUAUUUUGCCAGAUAGCCUUCGUUUUUGUGUUUUAUUGUACCAUAAUCUUGUAAAGUACAUAGAAAACAAUUUAUAUAUAUCCAAAUGGUAAACAAGACAUUAAGAAUUGUUUGUGGAACUAUACAAUACAUGUAUGAUUCAACAAUGCCCAAUGCAUUGUAAGUGGUUUUAGUAUAACAAUGUAAGUAAUACAAACAUUGUAUUGAAAGAGUAGUGAUAGUACCGUAAUAAAAUUAUAAGUAAUAGAACAUAAUGUAAGUACAGAGCAUUCUGUACAAGUAUCGUAAUGUAGGUGAUUUAAGUAUCGCAUUGUAAGUAACUAGUGUUCUUUCUGUGGAAUUAUAAAAAUAAUGAAAAACCAGGUGGCUGGCCUGUUAAUUUUGAGAGAAGGGGAGUAGACUAAGGGUUUUUUCCUUUACUCUUGGCAAUAACAUUUCACUUUUCCAUUGUAGGAAUUAUUUUUGGUAAUUACUGCCAAAAAGGUUACAUCUACAUUCAGUAUAUUUAAAUUUAGCUUGGUUGUGAGGCCUACAGGAUACACAGUUAACAAGCACAAAUGUUCACUUCUAAUUUCCAGGUCCUCUAGGCUUUGCUAUCAAGCUCGAUUUAUAUAUAGCUAGAGUAGCCUAUUUCCCCCCCUCCCCCCCAUGGCUCAUAACUUAGCAGAAAAAGAUGAGAUCUUGUUGAAGUGUCUGUUAACUAUGACUGUGGUCUGUUCAUGGGAGGUCCCACGAGGAAAGAAAAAUAGACACUGCAAUAAUUCAACAUUGUUCAAUCAGUAAACAGCCAAGUUUGAGCUGUACUGUAGUUUCAUUUUGAAGGUAAAGGUAUCUAGUACUGCAGCAGUGAACCGCAGGAAUGGCAUGUACACCCACUGUUUUUUCCAAGGUAUUCCUUGCUGGGAAGACAAAAAAAUUCUGCCAAACGAUUUUCAUGUACACCUCUCAUGACAGGUCUAUCUCAGCUUACAGAUAGCUUAACACACAGAAUUCUUAAGGUGGCUGAACACAACUUUUCGGAACCAUGUUUAUUCAUAAUUUUUCAAACCCCAAAAAGGCAAGAUGCAAGCACAGUCUUUGGUAGCCUCCUUUCCAGCUGUUAUUAGGGUAAUCUUGCAACACUUGGAGAAAGCAUUGCAUGACAACCCUAAUAACGGCUGCAAAGGAGUCUUAGGUGGUUUGAUAGUUCAGAUGAUGAUGAUGUUGUCAUGGCAACAUGAUCAGAUAUACAAAAUUGGGGUUUGAUCAUUUAUAGAAAAUCCAGAUUUUAUCAUCAUUUGCAUGCAACAACCAUGCAACUGAAUGCUGUCAUGUUAAUGCUAUUUUAAUAAUUUUAGUUUUACAGAGAUAAUUUGUAAUUAUACUUUGUGUCCUUAGUCAAAGUAUGACAGGAUUAUUAAGAAUUCCCUCUGUUAAAUAUUUAUUUCAGGAUUUUUUCUUCAAAUUCACUUACUUAUUUCCGGCAGUAUUUUCUUGCCAAAUUUCACAAAAUUCUAGCAAGUGGUUCUUGAGCAAGAAAGCAAUAGCAGCAUUCAGUCUUAAUUUUCAAACAACAACUCAUGCACUGCAUUUAACUGGGUUCUUUCAAUAAUGAAGAAAACCCUGAAAAAUUGCUAAGUUCUUUGCAUCUUAACAUUUGCUAACAAAAAUUUAAACCUGUAACACAGUGUCAUUUAUGAAGAAAAUUCGCACAAAGACCCUUGGCAUAGAACAAAUAAACUCAUUGAUGUAAUGGUGACAUGUUUGUUUUGUUUUUGUGAUUAUUGUGCUUGCACUGAAUUGCAUUUAACAAGAGCACACCAAAACUGUCUGUGAAAUGCCCAGGAGCUCUUAGGGAAGGUUUCACACUAUUGCAUAACUUCAAACAAAUUUAUAUAUCUGAUCAUAGCUGCUGUUAGUAGAGCUACCAAAUAAGAUCUGACUGAAAUGUCAU